GAUCGUCUCGGGCGAACGGCUAGCCCGACGAGCUCGACCACGAGCCCAUAAAACCACCCCACCUGCGGCCAGCAACCACCACCACCACGAUCACUGUGUCCGCCACCUUGGCCCAUUUUGAAUGUGACAAAGAGAGGGAAACCAAGCCCAAGCCAAGAACCCGGCCGGCCAUGCCGAGGUCUUCUUCCUCCCCGUCCUCCUGCUCCGCGCCCCGCAUCCUCGGCAGGGCCAUGGCCAUCCUCUCCCUGCCGCUCACGCCGCUCUCCAAGGCCAGGGCGGCGCGGACCCUGCUCCUCUUCAAGAAGCGCCGCGCGCGCCGCCUGCGCCACUACAACUACGCCUACGUGGGCGAGUACCAGUUCUCCCCGUCCGGCUCCCCGCUGCUCCUGCCCCGCCCGCCCGGCGUCUCCGCGUGGCGCGCCAAGCGCAGGAGCCGGGCCAGGACGGUCCUCGCCGCGCUGCUCUGCGGCGGCGGGUGCGGCCUCGGCGUCUUCGACGGGGACGGCGGGAUCGACGUCGCUGUGCUCGACGGCCUGCUUCCCCUGCCUCGGGCUCUGCAGGACGACGAACGGGCCGGUGAGGACGCCGCGUCGUACGGGUACGGCGAGCAAGCGUACCACGGCGAGGAGGAGGAGGAGGAGGAUGAGGAAGUGGAGGUGGAGUGCGAGGGCGGGGGGGACGAGGAGGUGGACGGCCGGGCGGAGCGGUUCAUCGAGAGGUUCUACGAGGAGAUGAGGAUGCAGCAGAGGCGCCUCCUCUAGCUCUAUGCCGGCCGGAUCCAUGGACGACUCUGUCUGUCUGCAUUUCGCCUUCGUUUCUUGGUCUUGGCAGAAUUGUCGCUAGCUAUCUUGGCUGCAGUUCCUUCGGUUACAGUGUGUUUGCUCUUGGUUCCUCUCGCACAGUGUUGCUGUUCAAGUAGUACGUAUCAUGUUCACUCAUGUGUCUGAAUUUACCCAAAAUUCCUUGUUGUUGACUUUGUUGUGGUGCUGAUAAACGUUCUCCGAGUUCAAAUC